AUGAGUCUCUUUGGUGUUCUUGAGAAAGCUAUCGGCGCCACCGAGGCCGUUGUCUGCAAGACCAUGGAUGGCGGCCUUCUUGGCACCGUCGUAACUGAGACCGGCGGCGUCCUGGGGAAGACUGUGAGCGGUGCCGAGAAUGCCUUAGUAGCGGCGGCUGGGGCAUUGGGCCCUGUAGGCGCUGCCGGACAACCAUCCUCGCCCGCGGCAACGCCUUUUUCACCAAGCCAGGCUCCAAAUGCGCAUACAAUGCAUCCUCAUGUCUCCGGCUACUAUCCGCCUCAGAUGAUGCCCAGCCACUAUCCGCCUCAAAUGAUGUCCGGCCCUCAGCCAAUGAUGCAAGGUCACGGCCAGUACAUGCAUCAAGGUUUCCCUCCUCAGCAAUAUAUCAACAUGGGCAGUCCUUCACAGAUGCCAAACCCAGGACCAUAUGCGGGUAGCCAGGGAUGGCCAAAUACAAACUGGGGUGGAAUGCAAGGAAGCCCGGCUCAGCCUGGAUUCCCCAUGCAGGGGAAUAUGGGGGCACCCCGCCAGUAAAAU